AUGCCUUACGAUCGUGAUGUGGUCGUCAACUGCAUCAAAAGACACUAUGAUUUACUCGUGCGCAUAGCCUACCUGGACCCCGACGUGAUUCUCCACCCACCGCCUGGAGGUUGGAGUGAUGAGGAGCUCGCUGUCGAUACAUUGAAAGAGAGGAAACGCUCGAAGAGAGUCAUUGAUCUUUUGCGGCAUAUGCCUUAUUUGAGUAAGAAUAAGGAUACGGUGGGCAAGUACGAGGUCUAUAUCGAAACGGACGUAUGCACCUACCUCCGCAAUCAUGGCUGGUUUAAAGACGAGUAUAGGGAUCCUUAUGGUCUCAUGAUGCCGUGGAACUCGGAGCAGGACUCGCCUGCUGGUUUCAUUCCGUUGAGCAUAGGUAACAUCGCAACCGUAUGGAUGAUCGAUACGGACGAAGGGAUAAUAUGGUCUAUAGGAUCGUUUAUUGUGAACAAUGAUGCGCCAGAAGAUCAGCCAUGGCGGGUAGCUGCAAAGCCUCGCGAUACUCAGGAGUACUUCGACGAGCUCUACACCGAAAUUGAAACCUUAGUCACCGUUCCCGUACCAAAGACAAAAAGUGACUGGAGAUGGUAUCACGAGAUACUAUCAUGUCGGGACAAGGAUGGAGCACAAGUUCAGCGCUUGCUUCAAGAGCAUGGCUGGCCGGAAGCUCUCAGAAAGGAGGAAUAUCUUAAGGCUCUCGAGGAAGAGCGCUAUGACGCUAAACGCAACGAAGAGAAGAAGAGAGAAGAGAAAGAGGGAAGACGCAAGACAAGGCACGAAAUCGCUGUCGGCAAGACCUAUGAUCUGCGUUCCAAGAGUGGGAAGGGCGGUAGUACAGCGAGCUGA